CGUCAGCGCUUUCCCGGAAGAGCUCAUCUGUGGGUGCAGUGGGUGCGUCCGUGAUUCUCAGACCACCGCACAGGUGCCUGCAGGGCCGGUCAGGCACCUUCCGGUUUUGCACCCAUCCCAAAGUGUCUUCAGGCUUGGGGUCUUGAAAGCUUUGAGCUAGACCCCUGUCUGUACUGGUCCAUGCUCUUUAACCAAGAAGAAAGCUUAUACUGCAGCUUUGAUUAAAGAUGACUUCAUUGUUCGCUCAAGAAGUUCGCCUUUCUAAAAGACAUGAGGAAAUAGUAUCACAAAGAUUAAUGUUACUUCAACAAAUGCAGAAUAAAUUUGGAAAUCAAAACAGAGAAAAUGGAUCACAACAAAAAGCAGCUGAUAAUGCUUUUAAAAGGAAUCUUAGUCUUUUAAAGGAUAUAGAAGCAGCAGAAAAAUCUCUGCAGACCAGGAUUCACCCAGAUCCACGGCCUGAAGUGGUUUCUCUUGAGACUCGUUACUGGGCAUCAGUAGAAGAAUAUAUUCCCAAUUGGGAACAGUUUCUUUUAGGAAGAGCACCAUAUCCUAUUGGUGUUGAAAAUCAAAGUGAAACCGAAAACACCCUUCAAAAAGAGUUGAGGCAAUAACUUAUUUGCAUGCUUUUUUUAAAAAAACUAUUUAAUAAAGCUGAAUAAAGAACAUGUAGGUAAUUGGAGGAACUCUGGAAAUUGAACACGUUCUCUUAACUGCUGAAAGACGGUGAAGAUGGGAGAAUUUACCGAGAAGUCUCUGGUUAUUAUCUAUUACUAUCUCAAUGUCAUGAAUUUGCUUUCUACUAAACCCCUGUGUUAAAAACUAAUAUUAAAGGUGGACUGUUUAUUAAACAUUACUAAAUCAGCAUGGUGUGUGCUAUUUGAAAUAUUUACAUCACUCUCAUCUAAACGGGUUGGUUCUAAGUUUUCUAGAAUCUUUACUUUUUAUCACAUUAUUAUGGGGACAAAGUAGCAGAUUAGGGUGGUUGCCUAACAUGCUUUUUUUAACAAAUGACAGUGACACUUAGCUGCAUUUGUAUAAUACUUAUCAGUAGAUAGAUUUGUAGAACUUUAUGCCACACAAAUAAUCACAUCUCCCAAAGUUUUGGAGAUAGAAAGAAAUGAACUAUAAAACAGUGGACAAGUAACCAGUUUCAGGAAGGCUCAGACUUGGUUUUGAAAAAGGAGAUCCAUCAGAGCUGGGAAUCAUUUUGAAUUUUAAUUUGGUUAUUUAAGGAUUGCCAACCCUGUGACUACAAAUAACCCCUCUCUAGUAUUUUUAUUUUUAAACUUGUCCUUCCCUAACCCUCCUAUAUUCAUAAUUUCUGAAAAGACUGUCAGUCAAGCCAGGGACAGUUGUGUACCUGUGUAAUCUCAGUUACUCAGGAGACUGAUGCAGGAGGCCAUCAGUCAAGUUCAAGGCCAGCCUGGGCAACUUAGUAGGACCCUGUCUCAAUAUAUAAAAUAGAAAGUGCUAGGGAUUUUGCUUAGUGCUAAAGAACCCCAGGUUCAAUCCCCAGUACAGCAAAGGAAAGGAGAAAAAAAAAACUGUCAGAAAGCUUUAGGUCACAACCCAAUACAGCUCUGAGAUUUCUUAGUCCAUCAAUGCUUGAGCACUAGAAAGAAAUGAUAAUUUUCUAACUAUAGAGGCAGCCUCAGCUACUACAAGGUAUCUGUGCUACAUUAUAGUUAACUUAAAUUGUAAACUGCUUUUUAAAAAAAGGAUAGGACAAGCUUAAAAAAAAAAAGACACAACAAAUAAACUAUUGAAAUGUCCGUCCUUCAUGCUAAGUUCCUUUAAACUACCGUCUUGGAAAUAUCCUGUUGAGUGGGUGUUGGUGUGGGUAACAAUAAUGUUGUUUUCAUAAUAUGUGCUGGCAGAUUAGCACACUUCUCUACAGUGUUAACAGUUGUAAUUAAGGAAUAAACAGCACAGAGUGUCAGUCCGAUAACAAUUUCAUCUAUAGUGUCACAAUACAAAAUGUCACAAAAUAUUAGAACUGUUAUAUAACUAUAAAAAGUAUCGGCUUAAAAGCCGAAAGCCUU